AUGUCCAAGGGUAUGGUUCUUUUGACUGGCCUCAAUGGCUUCAUCGCCGCGCGAGCGGCGGAGGCCUUCUUACAAGCAGGCUAUUCCAUUCGCGGGACCGUAAGAGCCAAAGCCUCGGCCAAGGCCGUUGUGGACGCGCUGUCCCAGUAUGGCGCCGACAAGCUGGAAGUGAUUGAGGUGCCCGACAUCGCGGCGGCAGGUGCCUUUGACGAGGCAGUAAAGGGCGUCCAUGGCAUCGUGCAUCUCGCGCAGCCAGCGACAUUCGACAUCCCUGAUCCUGCGCCCAUCAUGGCGCUCGUCAAGGGAUCGACGAUUGGCAUUCUCGAGUCGGCGUCCAAGUCACCUUCCGUCAAGAGCGUGAUCUUGUUGUCAUCGGCCGGCGCCGUCGGCUCCAACAAAGAAGGCCUAUACACCUUCACAGAGAAGGACUGGAACGACGCUGCGGUCGAGGCAUUUGAGCAGCUCGGAGCCAAGACCCCGGGCGCGUUCAUCUACCUGGCCAGCAAGGUGAUUGGCGAGAGAGAAUUCUGGAGGUUCCGGGAGGAGGGGAAGCCCUCGUUCACGAUGACGGCUCUCAAUCCUGUCUACGUGACUGGCCCCCCUCUCACACCCCCGGAGACGCCUGAAAAGAUUGUGGAUUCCGCACGGUACGUCUGGCGUAUCAUGUCGGGCGCAGAUAUCAUCGAUCCGCCCUACGGGUACGGUUGGUACGUGGAUGUUCGCGACGUUGCCAAGUUGAUUCUCUUUGCCGUGGAGAGGGCUGAUGAAGCGGACGGGGAGAGAUACAUCUCGUCGACAUGCUGGGGACCUCCACAGGCGGCAGCGGACAUUCUUCGUCCAGCGUACCCCAGGCUCCCCAUCAAGGAGGGCAAGCCGGGCGAGGGAUAUCUGCCGGGAUUCAAGGCGCCUGGGCCGCUAGAUUUUGACGGGUCCAAGGCGCUGAAGGCGGUCGGUCAGGGCUUUGUUCCGUACGACCAGUCGCUGCUGGACAUGGCCAAGAUGAUUGAGCAUCUGUUUGAGUGA